AUGUCGCAGUAUGCCGCGGAACUCUGCAGACUCCUGAUCACAGACAAUUUCGGGGAGUUAUACUCGGUGAAGCACGGCCUGGCCGUCCUCAUCCAGCAGCAGCUUAUCUUUCAUUUCACCGGCUUCGAUGACGGAGUCUCAUACUACCAGGCGAAUUGGCGGGCGGCAUAUCUGCUGGUGCGGUCAGGAAGCAUCUUGCAAUUGACGAGGGAACGGCUGGGAGAGUACACCGCAAAAGUUGUGUCUACGAUACUCUCCCUUGGACAUGUCAAAAUUAGCCACCUGGAGACCCUCCCCGAGCUUCAGCCUGCCCCUCCUUCGCGCAACGGCGUCCACAACACUGAUGGCAUGAAUGGAGACCAUCCGCUGGAGAAUGGAGAUGAGAGUCUCAUGGAGAACGGACUGGAGGACGGCGUGAAUGGAACUGCUGGACACCACAAAAACGAGAACGGAUAUGGCGCUUCCAGGCUCAACUCUGCCCUUCGAGAACUUGCUGCAUACCGCUACAUUAUGCGCGUGAAAGAUGUCCAUUUCCAAUCGCCGUCGGAUCUCCGUGAAGCAGCGAGGAGAGCGGUCAAGGCAAGCGGCGAAACCGAGGCGUUGAAAGGGAAAAAAUUGGAGGAGAAAAUUGAAGAGAAGGCGGGCAUCAUGCUAGAGGAAUGGUCUAACGGGGUCAUUGCCUAUGGCCUGAUUCCUCGAAAUAUUACCAAACGAAUAAAACGGCGGGCAGCGAACGGGGAUUCGGAGGGUCCACGAAAACGAGCGAGGCUCGAUGAUAGUUUCCAAGGUGGUCAGGUUGGAGUAAAUGGCGACGUCUUGUCGGAUAAUGAUGAGGAUGAGGACGAGGAUGACGAUGUAACAUUGGAUAGUAAUAUGGUUAUCCGCAUCAAUUACGAAAAAUUCGAUGUUGCGCUCCGGAGUCAAAGGCUCAUCAAGAUGGCAGAUCAGGUAACAUCGCCUGUGACUUCACAAGUCUACGAAACACUCCUCUCGCGCAUCGAGCUUAAAACUCAAAGAUGUCGCCAGCAAGAUGAACCUGUUCUGGAAGGGGAAGAAGGGCAACAUUACUCUGCUCCCAUCCCCUUGCACACCAUAGUCAACGAUCUUGAUCCUAGCUUGGACCUUGUUGGGAGCAUUGCCGGACUGGCUCCUGUGGGACCAAAGCCGAAUAACCUUGAAAACGGCCAUGACCAGAACGAGGAAGAUGAAGAUGACUUUGACGACGAAGACGGCGAAGGCGAUCCUCAGGCCAAAGCUCAAAGUCGCGUUUUUCAAGUUGCACAACAUCUUACCCUACUCGCCUCAGAGCCCUACCACUUCUCUACGCGGAGGUUGGACUCGGGGAUUAUCACAUGGGCCGUUGAAUUCAGACAUCUUGCCCGACAACUACGCCAUCUUGAGAUCGAACGUCUUGUCGAAUCGCGCUAUGGCUCCGUUGCAGUGCGUGUUCUGCGUGUCCUCGCAGCCAAGGGGAGGUUGGACGAGAAACGCCUCCAAGAAAUAAGUCUUAUGCCAUCAAAGGAUCUAAGACAGAUAUUAGCACGCCUUCAAUCUGGCGGGUUUAUAGAUCUGCAAGAAGUUCCCCGCGAUGCCCAACGCCAGCCUUCUCGAACAAUAUAUCUCUGGUUCUAUGACGCUGACCGGGUUGUUAUGAUGCUUGUCGAGGAUACGUAUAAGAGCAUGGCACGAUGCCUCCAGCGCCUUGCGUAUGAACGGGGCAAACUAAAAAUGCUGAUUGAAAAAGCAGAACGCUCUGAUGUGAAGCGUAAUAUGGAACGCUACCUCUCUGCCUCUGAUAUGGCUGCUUUACAGGAAUGGGAAGCCAAGGAGACACUGCUCCUAGGUGAAGUGGCAAGGCUGGAUGACCUUGUUGCUGUGUUAAGAGAUUAUUAG